ACGAUGUAGUUUUGCACAUUUAGUAGUUAGUGUGUCGGUAGUGCGAUCAACAGUACAGUAAUAACAAGCGUUAAUCAUUCUAACAUUGUAUAACAACUUUGAAAAAUGGUGAAGGUUCCAACAGUAAAAUUCAACAACGGCCAAACUUUUCCUAUUUUUGGAUUAGGAACUUGGAAGUCGAAACCAGGUGAGGUGACACAAGCCGUGAAAGAUGCCAUCGACAUCGGCUACCGCCACAUCGAUUGUGCUUAUGCUUACGUCAACGAAAAAGAAGUAGGUGCAGCAAUCAAGGCAAAAAUUGCUGAAGGUGUGGUAAAACGUGAAGACCUUUUCGUCACCAGCAAACUAUGGAAUACGUUCCAUCGACCCGACUUGGUCGAGAAAAACCUAAAACUUACCCUUAGUGACCUGGGACUCGAAUAUCUCGACCUGUAUCUUAUUCACUGGCCGUUUGCAUUGAAGGAAGAAGGCGACAUGUUCCCUGUUGACGCAUCCGGCCAAACAGCAUACAGCGACGUAGACUACGUCGACACUUGGAAAGCUAUGGAAGCUGUUGCCAAAAAAGGUCUAACUAAAUCCAUUGGUAUCUCCAAUUUCAACAAACGACAAAUCGAGCGACUGCUGCAAAACGCUACCAUCGUACCAGCAACCAACCAGAUCGAGUGUCACCCAUACCUAACCCAACUGAAGCUAACAGAGUACUGCAAAUCCCAAGGUAUUCUCAUCACUGCCUACAGUCCUCUUGGUUCGCCGGAUAGACCUUGGGCUCAACCUGGAGAUCCGCAACUUUUGGACGACGAAAAGAUCAAGAAGAUUGCCCAGAAGUAUAAGAAGACUCCAGCACAAGUGGUUUUGAAAUACCAGGUGCAAAGAGGACACAUUACCAUUCCCAAAUCCGUCACGAAGUCCAGAAUUAAGGAGAAUUUUGAUAUUUGGGACUUUAAUUUGACUGCUGACGAUAUCGCAUUGAUCAAUACUUUUGACUGUAAUGGAAGAAUUUGCCCAUACACUGAUGCUUUCAGCCACAAAGAUCAUCCUUUCUCCCAUGGAGAUGAAUAUUAAUGGAGGCACAAGUGAUUGAUGGAUUCACCACCGCACUUUAUGAAUGUUAUUUUUUUGAAGAUUUGUUUGAAAUAUACUUAAUUUCUUGAGUGUUA